AUGAAUCCUUCUUCAAGAUGUCCGAACUUACUCGCGUCUGGAUCUGCCUAUGCAAAGUCCUUUCUCAAUCAAGUACCUUCACGAUCCUUCUCAUUGACCCCUCCACAAAAUGCACGAAGAGCUACCAGAGCAAGGCGAUCGCUCUUCAGGUGGCUUGGCACACAAGGAGAGAACUUCAGAAACCCAUUAAACAACUCAACAAAUUACAUGGGUGCCUACAAUGCCGAUGGUAAAUUAAAAAGAGUCGUGGAAGCUGCGGCGGAUGCGCGAAAAGAUGGUGUUCCAAAGCCCGACAGUCAAAAUGAGCCUGAUGCAAAUGGCAACAAGGAAUUGCCGCCACCAACCUCGAGAGAUAUGGUACCUUUCCCGGCCAAUCGAAAGUUUAUAAGUCAAUCGGUGUUGAGCGAAGAACUACGAGAGCUCAUUUGGACAAAAAUAAUGCAGGAUGCUAAGUCGGUGAGAGAAGUCAGUGCCGAACUUGGAGUUGAAAUGAGCCGCGUGGGAGCAGUCGUACGUUUGAAGGAGAUAGAGAAAGAAUGGGAACGAGCGGGAAAACCUCUUGCGAGACCAUACGCCGACGCAGUCAUGUCAAUGGUCCCUGUAACGCAACUCAAUACCGGGGCUGGCAAAAACACACAUGAAUCGAUUAAUGACUUACCUAUUCACGUAGCAACGGGACAACAAAUCUUUCACCCCACUUCAGAAUCAAGACAUUUUACCCGAGAGGAUGCUGCGAAGAUUUUCGACGAGAAACUUCUCCCCGCAGACCAAAGAAUACCACAUCCCGAAUUGAUUGAGAUGCAUAAAGAUUUCAAAGCUGGAUUGUCUCGAGAUGAACGAACUGCGCGACAAGAUGCGCGAGAUGAAGCGGAAGAACAAGUGAGGCAACGUAUAGCUGAUCGCAAAGCAGCGGAAGAAGCCAAAAUAAUGAAAGUCAACACACCUCGAUGGGAAUUUAGAAUCAAGGAAAUCAAUGUUGACGACAUUGGUAAAGAUGGUAGAGGAGCACAUGGAACAGGUUGGAGGUAUGGAAGACCUUUGAUGGAUAGAAAGAGGGGACAAGUAAAGAUUCCCACGAGUGUCCAAUAA